GCCAGGAUAAUCAACAUCCAAGAGAACCCAAAUUUGUUUGAAAUUCUCAGAUCACAAAAGCGCAGCUACAAAUUGUCUUUGGAGGAUGAAAGCAACAAGAGAAAGGUCCUCAAGCUUGCUGCAGGUGUUGAAGAUCCGCAGGAACAACUUCUUUGUUCUAUCUUGCUUGCAUUAUGCAUGAGAAGGAGAGGCACAAAUUUCUAUGGCCAAGAAUAAUGUUGCAGAGCGAUGGACUCCAGCAACGACCAAGAUGAAAUUUCAAGAGCCACUUCUUGUUCGAUAUCUUGGAUGUUUUCAGCAACCGUCAACAUCUGUGGCAUUCAACAUUUCUAAAAGGGCGGUUAAAAUCGAGUAAUUCGAAUAAUGUAGCCUCCAUUUCCAGGAUCAGAGAUGAAGUGCCGCCGCCCACUUCUGGGUUGAAUGUUUAUCAAGAGUAAAAGGAGAUUCCUUAAGCAUGGCAGCUUGAAAUCACAAGCAGUUCAACUCAACAUGGUCACCGCUAUGUGGCAGGUUUGAAUCUUCACCCCAAAACCUGAACAAAGAGCCCAACCAGUAAACGACUUCAAAGCGGCUGCAGGUUGGAAUUUAGGUAGCUAGAAGGAGUAUAAAUAUGCAUGGAAAAUCAAAUUCAUAUGUGCAUAACAUUGCUCUACUUCGUGGAGAGCUCGUGAGGGGAACUGGAAAACCCCAGGAGUUUACAAGGUCAAUUAAGAUGAACUUGUGAAGAAUCGGGACAUUAUUUAGCCAUGGAAAGCAAAAAUACAAAGGAAUUAGAAGCAGAUAUUCUGGAAUAUAUUAAACAGCUCGAUACCACUGUUGGCUCUGCAACUCAUGUCAAUGAAGUUAUAUGUGCACUCCAGCCCUUGGCAUCCAAGCUAUUCAAUGUUCAAAAACAACCAGGUUAUAUUGUGCAAGACAAUGCAAAGCAGGCAGUUGGGAUUCAAAGCUGGAAAGAUAUUGCUCAUGAAGCCUUCAGACAUUCCUUCUAUAGUGGCGUUGCAUUUCCAACUUUGUCAAAAGUGUUACUUUUCGAAGUUGCUUCGAAUUGGUUAGCUUGCUUCCCCUUGUCAGCUCGUGUGUCAGUGUUUGACAAGUUUUUUCUAUAUGCACCAGCAAGUGAGGCAUUGCAAGCAUUGAUGCUUAGUCUACCUCAUGACCACAGUAAUGCCAGCCAUGAAGAGAUUGAUGUCCAUGCAGUUAGUUCCAAUGCUGAAAGGAUUUUGGCUCUUUGCUUUGUCGAGAAUGAUGGGAUAAAGAGGAUGGCUCUAGAUUUCAGCACUUUGUUUAAGUUCAAAACACAGCAAGAGAACAAGGAAGAGAUUACAGUUAUGGAGAUCUCAAGAAUGGCACAAUUGGUAGCAUCCAUUCCUGAUAAAGUGAGAUUGGAAGCCCCAAGGGUGUUAUCUGCUCACCAGUUCUUCAAGCAGGUCACAACUCAACUACUUGCUGCAGCAGAAGAAAGAUAUAAGCAAAUGUCUGAAAAUGAAAUUUCAAAUAUAGUCAUGGGUGAUGGUGUGCUUACCUUUAUUGGUGAAACUUUUGCAAGGAUUUGUAGGCGUGGGCAUGGAGAUAUUGUUGCAUCUGAAAUGGUUCCGACACUUCUUCAACAUGUUAGGAAAUGCAUAAAUGCAGAAGAUGUGAUGCAUGCUUCAACAGAAUCAGUUGAGACAGGUUGUGGGUUGACAUUUUGGCAAGCUAUCACUACAGCUAUAAAAGAUUCCUAUGCAAUGGAGAGAUGGACUGAAGCUUUACUACGACAUAUGGCUGCUUUAAAUCUUGAUGACAAAGAAGCUUAUUGGAUGAUUUGGACAUUAUUUGACAAGAUAUUUAUGAAUCAAGCAAGUAUCAGGGCGCUAUUUACUGAGAGAUUUUUACUUUGGAAAGUGUUUCCUAUUUCUUGCUUGAGGUGGAUAUUACAAUUUUCUGUCUUCCGUUCUUCACCUGCAUCAAAAGAGCAUUCCCAAGAGGACACAAAUAAUAUUCAACUUAAUAUUGUGAGACAUCUUGUUCAAAUAUGGGCCAAAAGGGACUUUAUUCAAUCGACUUCCAUGGAACAACAGUCAUAUAUUACAGCAGCAAUAGGUAUGUCACUGCAGAAAAUGACCAAAAAAGAACUGGAAUCAUCUGGAGAGCUGUUGCAUUCACUUCUUCAAGGAGUUAGUUGCAGGCUAGAAAGCCCAAUUUCUCCAGUGCGUAGGAUGGCAAGUUGUGUGGCUUUGGUUUUUUCUCAAGUUAUUGAUGCAAAGAACCCUCUCUUUCUGGAUGAUGAAAACUGUGCAGAAGAGAUUCUUGAUUGGGAAUUUGGAGCAGCUGGAACAAGAAAAAAGAGGGCAAAUAUUGCUGUUCAUCCUCCAGUUGGUGAGGACAAUAAUGCUAAGAUACCUAUCCUGGAGUAUCAAAAUGCUGGUGUUCAUAAUGGCAAUGAUAACAAGAAGAUAACCAGCUUGAGUGAGGACAAUAGAGGAACAAACUCCUUGGAUAUCAAAAGUAAUAGAAGGAAAUCUAAUGAACUUAAGGUGGAUGACCCUGAUGAAGUUAUUGACCUAGCGACCUUAAACAGACAAGACUGGACUGAUGAAGAUGACAAUGAAAGUGUGGAGUCCGAAAAUCAGAGUGAAUCUUCUCUACAGCCUUAUGAUAUGUCAGAUGAUGAAUCUGACUUGAAAAGAGAAACACUCCCCUCACAUUUAAGUGAAUGUGUGGCUUCAUUGAGGAAGACAGACAACCCAGAUGCUGUUGAGGGAGCACUUGAGGUCAUUGAAAAGCUUGUAAGAGCAGUUCCAGAUGAACUUAGCAUUGUUGCGGUUGACCUUGUUAGAGCACUUGUCCAUGUUCGAUGUAGUGAUGUAACUGUUGAGGGAGAAGAGGAAUCUGCAGAAGGAAAAAGACAUUGCUCUCUUGUUGCAUUGCUGGUAUCAUGUCCGUUAAGCUCUGUGGAGGUCAUUACAAAGGAACUGUACUCACCAAAUGUUGAUGUCAGUCAACGGCUUUUGAUACUUGAUGUCAUGGCAGAUGCAGCACAGGAGCUUUCUAACAGUAGAGAUCUUAAAAGAGAAAAUUUAAGUGAGGGGGGCAGCUUAUCUACAAUUACCGAGCUGCCCACUAAAUCUGGCAGCAACCCAUGGUACUUACCUAGUAGUAAAAUAUCACCACCUGGGGCUGGUCCUUGGAGGAAAGUUUCUGAUUCAAAAGGAAUGCUAAGUUGGUCUAGUCGUUACGAGAGAGAGCUUCCAUCAAUAUCUGGAAAGAAAAAAUUUGGGAAAUCUAGGAUAUGGGGUCACCAUUCCAUGCAACUUAGGGAGAGGCAACUUCAGAAGUCUGAAACAUGGUCAAUAAACAGAUUCCCUUCCUAUGCUGCAGCUUUCAUGCUUCCAGUCAUGAGUGGAUAUGAUAAGAAGCGACAUGGUGUUGAUCUCCUUGGAAGAGACUUUGUGGUUCUUGGAAAACUGAUAUACAUGCUUGGAGUUUGUAUGGAGUGUGUGGCAUUGCAUCCAGAAGCAUCAGUAUUGGCUCCCGUUCUUCUGGAUAUGCUGAGUUCUCGGGAGAUUUCUAAUCACCCAGAAGCAUAUGUUAGAAGAUCGGCUCUUUUUGCAGCCUCUCGCAUAUUGAUAUCUCUCCAUCCAUCAUUUAUAGCAGCAUCUUUAAGUGGAGGUGAUGCUCAAAUUGCAAAAGGGCUGGAAUGGAUUCGCAAUUGGGCUCUUCGUGUUGCUGAAGUUGAUUCCGACUUUGAGUGUUCUGCGAUGGCUACGGCAUGUGUAGAACUUCAUUCAGAGAUGGCUUUUCAAACCUUCAGGUCAAUGAAAUCUAUAGAUGAAUCUAUGGUUGGUCGUGGUAAUAUAUCUAAUAAUGUACCAAAACACUCUGUCAUACUGCCAGGAUUUAAAAUAUCCAAUCAAAUGUGACACUAUUGAACAUGCUUUGAUUUGCAAUCUACAAUAUGAUUCUAAUAUUUACUCAUAUGUGUCUUCAUGGGAGUUUCAAUUAGCAGCAUUUGCAAAUUUAUUCAUGUGAGUCACAUCAUUUGUUCUUUGCACGAAUCGCCAAAUUUGUACAUGUACAAUUGUUCGGAGCAAUUUAAAUUUUUCUGACAUGCUACUUGCAGUUUGGUCUGCAGCAUAUUACAAUAUUUUCAAUAUUUGGUCGCAUUGAACUUCUAGUGCUGCAGUAUAGGAGAUUUUGCUAUUCGGAAUUAUAAUGUAAAGCUCAUUUUGCACAAAAUUAUUGAUUGUGUAUAUAAUUCAAUGCUUA